AUGGCUGUCCCAUUCAUCCUCCCCGUCUUGACAAUGAGCCUUCUUUUUAGCACGUGUCAAUUCUCUCUUUCCCGGAAAUCUGGAGUCGUCAAGAUCCCCAACAGCUUUCCAUAUAUCCAUAUUCCUAACCUCUGCACCCCGCGUUUUGACCCAGACGUCAUCGGAAGCUGUUGCCGUAUAUUACAUCCUCAAGUACCCUACAUGCAGAACAAUAAUGAAGCCCAAGUCCACGAUCCACUUCUCCGAGCACAAGAGGUGGUGCCUGAUAAAGAGGAUAAAGCCCCUGAGGACAUCGGCGAGCGUUUCCACUGA